AGCCCAAGCAAUAAAUAAAAAAAAAAUAGUAAAAAAAAAAAAAAGAAGUAGGAAAAGUAAACGUUUGCGGAAGAUCGACGUAAAGAACGUAGUCAACCAACCUGCUAACGCCGUUCAGACCCACCGUGGAUUUCCAAACAUAACUUAGAACUCUUCCGUUUGGUAUCACUUGUCUCAGUGAGUUCAUUUGAAUGGAACGAGUACGUGAGCAGUGGGGUCGAUAUAGACGGUGGAACUAUGAUAAAGCAUGGGGAUACCGUCUGCGUAAAUUCUUCCAUAAGGUUAGCAACAAGGUUCUACCAUAUAUACAAGUCAUCAUCCCAAACUUUAGGGCAGCCCAUUAUGCAUACAUUUUAUUUUGGGUGUUUUUCGGUUCAGUGUUAAUUUAUCCAGUGAAGAAUAUGUCUUAUAUUGAUGCUCUCUUUCUAGCAGGAGGGGCAUCUACCCAGGCAGGACUUAACACGAUUGACCUUAACGCAACAUCGUUAUACCAGCAGAUUGUUGUGUUUAUCGUUGCAACCCUCACAACUCCUAUUUUCAUCCAUGGUUCUAUUUUAUUUGUUAGACUUUAUGCAUUUGAACGACAUUUUGAUGAUAUUAAGGAAAGUUCUAAAUUAAAUUUCAAAAUGAGACGUUCUGCCACUUUAGCAGCUCGUACUCAAUCCUUUGAUGCAACUCAUAUCAAUACAGUUAAUAAUCAAGGGCUUGGUAUGCGAGCUAAUCAAUGGAAUAAUAGAAAGAAUGAGAAUCCACACGUUAGUACUUCAACAUCAUAUGCUGGUACCACACAAGUCCCCAGUAAGGUGACUACUGAUCCUGCCGAUAUAGAUUCGAUACUUGAAGAUGGGGCAACUGAAUUAGGAUUACCCCGCUUGAGAUCUCCUUCUUCAUUAACUCAACGGAAUGAAUCUUCAGACUCAAAACUUUGCCAUGAGAGCGAACCAAGUGAUUCCGAUUUGGAAACACCAAUACCUCCAGAGAAUAGACAUGUUCAAAUAGCUCCAGAAGAUCCACUUUCGUCUCCAGAUCAUGAGAAUGAAAAUGAAGGUAUUAGGUUUGGUCAUCUCCCUCAACCAUCAAAGCGAAGACAAAAUGAUAUAAAUCCUUCAGAUAUGUAUAGAUCGAUUGCAAUGCUUCAAGAUGACCAUAGAUCCAAGAAAAAAUCUCAUAAUCAAUAUCAUGGAGAUGACGAUGAUGACGAGGAUGUAUUGGUGAUUAGACCUCCCAAUGAGAUAGAAAACGAUAGGAAUCCAAUCUAUACCAGGAAAGUCCCACAAAUUCAAUUUAAUGUUGGGCAAAAACCUACUCAUAAGAAAUGGAUAGCUAAAAGAAAGGCCAAAAGGAAGCAUCAAUGGUCAAAGUUGAAGAAAACGUUUUCCAACAGUGGACCAUCUGGUAGAAGAAGAAGACACACAAAUGAUACCCAAGAUAUUAAUUCUGGGGAUGAUCACUCUAUUGAUUCAGAGCAAGAAGAUGAAGAUGACGAAGAUGAUGAUGACGAUGACGAAGAUGAUGAAGAUGGAGAUUACGACGAAACUGCCGUAGUCGAUGACGAUGAUGACGAAGAGGAACAUUGUGAUGAUAGAAAUAGAGUGGAUGAUUCUGAAGACGAAGAAGAAGGAAUUGGUAAGGUACAAUCACACUUGGUAAUUCCUUCAUCUGACGCCACUGGAGGGAAAAAGUUUGGAAAACGUUCCAAUACAUUGGAAAUAACACCAGGAAGAAAAAAUUCCAUUACCAAAUCUCCAACAUUUGAAAGAAUGAUCCGCUCGAAAUUAAAAAGAGGAAAACACAAUAAAAAGCAUAAUAUCCAAAGAAUUCGUUCAGGACUCCGAAGAAAUUCUUCAACACCUGCAUUUGUUUCUGAUUUUGAUGAUGAAACGGAAGAUCAUUCCUUCGAUAGUGAAUCUGAAGAUGAUCAACAUGAUGGGAAUUCACUUGGUCGAGUAAUGAGUGGUAAUUAUUUGUCUUGGGUUCCUACUGUGGGUAGAAACUCCACCUUUGUGCAUAUGACUGACGAACAGAAGGAAGAAUUAGGAGGUGUAGAGUACAGAGCUGUCAAACUUUUAAUUAAAAUUCUCAUGGCAUAUUACAUUGGUUUCCACAUACUAUCAAUUAUUAUGCUUGUACCUUGGAUUCAAGGACGAUUGCCAUAUACAGAAAUAUUACGCUCCGAUGGAGUUUCGCCUACGUGGUGGGCAUUUUUCACGGCACAAUCUUCAUUCAAUGAUUUAGGUCUUACAUUGACCCCAAAUUCAAUGCAAUCAUUUUAUAAAUCUACAUUUGUAUUGGUUGUGGUAUCAUUCUUUGUCAUUAUUGGAAAUACAGGGUUCCCUGUAUUACUUCGAUUUAUAAUUUGGAUUCUUUUUAAAGUUUCCAAACCUUUGUCAUUAUUCAAAGAAUCGCUUGGAUUCUUGUUAGAUCAUCCAAGACGGUGUUUUACAUUACUUUUCCCAUCUGUACCGACUUGGUGGUUACUUUUCAUUUUAGUGGCUUUGAAUGCAGUUGAUCUUGUCUUAUUUAUUAUCCUUGAUUUGAAAAAUGAAUAUUUGAAAGAUAUUCCUCUUGGGUAUAGAAUUUUAAAUGGGUUAUUUCAAGCAUUCAGUACUCGUACUGCUGGGUUUUCAGUAGUUGACUUAUCACAGCUUCAUCCUGCGGUACAAGUCAGUUACAUGUUAAUGAUGUAUAUUUCUGUUUUACCCUUGGCUAUUUCUAUUAGAAGAACUAAUGUUUAUGAAGAACAAUCUUUGGGUGUUUAUCUUAAAGAUGAAAACCAAGAUCAAUCAGGAGAAACCGAAAGUACACCUAAAUCCUUCGUUGGUGCCCAUUUAAGAAAUCAAUUGUCUUUUGAUUUGUGGUUUAUUUUCUUGGGAUUAUUUAUCAUUUGCAUCGCUGAAGGGGGUAAACUUGAUGAAAAUAAUACGAAAUUCACCAUUUUCAAGGUUUUAUUUGAAAUUAUUAGUGCCUAUGGUACUGUCGGUUUACUGUUGGGUUAUCCUGGAGUCAAUGCAUCAUUUUCAUAUGAAUUCACCACCAUAUCUAAACUUGUAAUUAUUGCUAUGAUGGUCAGAGGUCGACAUAGAGGUUUACCAUAUGCAUUGGAUAGAGCCAUUAUGUUACCAGACGAUGCUAUGAAACGUCGUGAUUUGAUGCAAGAAAACCAUGCAAUUCGAAGACAUAUGACGGAUGCCAGUGAACAUGAAGGUGAAGGAGGUCGUUUACGUCGUGUUAUUAGUCGAAGAGCUUCUACUUUUGGUGUGGAUGGAAAUGCAAUGCUUAAUAGAAUAAGGAGCAGGUUACCUACAUCAUCUACAUUCACUGGAAAUUAUCAUCCUUCAGCACAAACUCAAGGUAAUGUUUACCAAGAACCACAACAAGAAGAACGCCCAACCACUUAUCAUCCUGAAUCUCUGUAUGAAAUGAAUGUGAGAAGACCAUCUAACAGCAAUUAAUAUAC